CUUUAUUAUUGCGAUGCGCAAUGUCUAUACAAAACCCAUACGCGCUGCCUCUUGCGAAUUUCUCGGGUUCCCCUUCAGUCAUCCUUUAGACCAGUCACUCUUUUAACAAGAUAUCUUCGGUAUCACCACGUUCGCUACGAUGAUGUUCCCCAACUUCGCUGCCGGCCUUGUUGCCGCUCUUUCUAUCUCCGGUGUCAACGCUGGUCUUUGCCGUCCUAGCUCGCAGACCAGCGUGGUGGUUUCGUCUGGUAGCACUACUGCUAAGACUGCGUCUGAGACUUCAGCCACGCAGACUGUUGUUGGUACCACUACCACCAGUGUCGAGACCGGUUCAGAGACCACCACCAGUGAGGCUGGUGCUGGGACGACCACGAGCGUUGAGUCUGGAUCUGAGACUACUACUGCCGAGACCGGAUCUGAGACCACUACCGUUGCGAUUGUCUCUGACACCACCACCACCGCUGAGACAUCCUUUGCCACUACUACUGUACUCACCACCUCUGAUAUCGAUGUCACCACCGACGUGACCACCUUCGUCACCCUCACCGCCACCGACACAACCACUUCUGAACUCGCCACUACUUCUGCUUUCGUCCCUGCCGACCUUUUCCCCUGCGAAGUCAGCCAGGACUGUGAAGCCUACGUUCAGCUCUGCGAUGCUGUCCGCUGCGGCUGUAUCAACCGCAACUGCGAGCAACUCACUGGCACCACCACUGCUGAGGCUACCACCACCGCUGCUGUCGAUGAGGAAACCACCACUACAGCUGAGGCUACCACUACUGCUGCCGCCGAGGAGAACACUACCACUGCUGUAGUUGAGGAGCCUGCUACAACCACUCAAGCCGAGGAGGCCGAGACUACUGUGGCACCCCUUCGUCGACGCGCUCUCGCUAGCGCCGUCCCCGAGGGCACUCACUACUGCGAUGUUCCUAAGGACUGUGAGGAGAAGAUCGACAUAAAUGGAUACAGCUGCGUGGACUUUGGGUGCACUUGUCUCGAGAACUCUUGCGUUGCUGAGAUGCCCUACCUCUAGGGGAUGAGGGUGAUAAGCUCAGUGUACUUUAUCUCAUCGUUGACAAUAGACGCCAGGAAUUUAAUACUUCCCUUACCCUUUGGUCCGAUCGCUGUGAGCUGCUAGAAAAUGAAGACAUUGUUUUCCGUUAUUGCCAUUGGAUAGUUUCAAUUUCUAGUGCUUUGGCGAAUGUUGACAAGGAACCUUGAUUGUUUGACCACUUCGAUUCGUUUUCUUUCACUGUGUCCACGUAGAGUGCUGCUAACAUCAUAUUCCGGC